AUGUUCUACGAUCUUAACCUGCCCUGGUCCGCAAAGGACCAGCCCGACUUGCAGCGUUCCCUGGCCUUUCUCGACGAACUGGGAUACAAUGUCGUCGCCCUGGCCCAUACCCUCUCGGGCAAGCUGCCCGCCGACCUGACCUGCCCAAUCCCCGAUCCUCUCCCAUUCCCCACGCCCAAAAACAUGCGCAUCCUCCGCCGCUGCACCCUCGUCCUUUCCGACGCCGCGCAAAACCACCGAAUCAACAACCUCUCCAGCGCCUACGACAUCCUCGCCGUACGGCCCGUCGACGAAAAAACGCUGCAACAAGCGUGCCAAUCGCUGGACUGCGACAUCAUCUCACUGGACCUCUCGCAACGGCUCGGCUUCUUCUUCAAGUUCAAAAUGCUCUCGCAAGCGAUCGAGCGGGGGAUAAAAUUCGAAAUCAGCUACGCGCCGGGUGUGGUCGCGCGCGACGCCGCCGCCCGCCGCAACCUCAUCUCCAACGCGACGCAGCUGAUCCGGGCGACGCGCGGGCGCGGCCUCAUCAUCAGCAGCGAGGCCAAAGCCGCAAUCGGGUGCCGCGGGCCCUUCGACGCCGUCAACCUCGCGGCCGUGUGGGGACUGGGCCAGGAGCGCGGCCACGAGGCUGUCUCGAAAGAGGCUCGCGCCGUCGUCGUCAGCGCCCAGCUCAAGCGCUCGAGCUUCCGUGGCGUCGUCGACGUCGUGUACGGCGGCGAGAAACCG